UGAAUACCGAGUCGGCCAGGAUAAACAUUUUAAUCAUAUUUUGAUUCCAUUCGAUUAUAGUUUUGUCAACUUUUAAUGAUUUAUCAAUACUUUUACAUAUAAAAAGCGAACAAGGAGAGUACCUUUGACUAGGUGGCCAUUUUGUGUUGUGCUGUGUGGCGGUAAAUUUAAAAUGAAAUUCCUCUCUUAGUAAUUAUAUAUAUAUUUUUGGUCAACGAACAAAAGUAUUCUUGGAUAUCUGUUCUUUUUGGGAAACGUGUUGAGUGUAAAGUGAAUAAAUAAUGGAACCCUGUGCUCCCGGUACAGAAGAUGAUCCUCCAAUCAUGUACUCCACUCUGACUAAACAGGAAAACGAACAGGAACGUCUACUUAGCCUCAAAGCUAUCCUCAAGAAUGGAAAGUAUGACAAUAUAUUUGAACUCAGUUACGUCAAUGGAGUCGAACAUUGGUAUUGUAGAGCGUGUGAGUGCCCCGUCAUGGGAAGAGUAUUCCAGCACGAAGUUGGAAAACGUCACAACCAGAGUUUGGCGACUACAAAUCGGCAUUUCGAAACACAACGGCAGGAAGAACCUGCCGAAGAGGUUGUUUCUCUGGAAAUUGCACCUGGGGAACCUGUUCCGCCCGGAUUCGAGGAAGAGGUUGGCAGGUCAUCACAGAUUCAGGAACGCUUGGAUGGAUUCAAAGUGGGUCCCUUGGUUGCUUUGGAGUAUCUGUUGGAGCUUCAGGAUGACGAUAUCUCGAAGGAACCAUUAUAUUUAUGCAUUUUAUGCGACAAAAGAGGCGACCCGCGUACAGUCUUGACCCAUCUUGCUAGUUACAACCACAUUUCUCAGUACUUGCAAAAGCAUUUUCCAACGUGUUGGCGUGCCCUGGCACCGUACAUGACGAAACAGUACAAGAGAAAUUGGCAAAUCACUCUGCAAAAGAUAGCCGAAGGUAUUGAAAAGAAAUUUGGACGUCUGAAGCCAUAUCCCAUUGAGAAAGAUAAGUUUGAUAAAGAUAGAAUGCACUAUCUUCAAAUCGUCGUCAAAGGCAAACAUUUCUCAGAACGGUCGGGAUAUACUUUUGAAGAACUGAUCGUUCAUGACGAGUUAACAAAAUCUCUCGAAGAUGAAAAAUCUUAUGAAAGUUCUUCCGUCAAUAACUGGGGAUCAACAUUUAUUCAGAAACCGUUCAAGAAAAAAGAUCCCUCUCCGCCAGUGGUGGGCCUACCCUUUUCAAGAAAAAAGGGAAAUGCCCAGACAAAUCCUAGAAAACAGGAACCUGCUUAUGUACCACCCAGCCAGAAACAAACGCCUAAGGCUCAGGCAGCUGGGAAGCCUGUUACACAACCGCAAGGCAAGGCUCAAGUUCCUGCCAGUUCUCAAGGCACCCGACCAGUUCCUAAGUCGGAUCAGCGAAGAAGAAGGUCGUUGUCAAGUGUCUCCAGUAUUUCCAGCAGUGAAUUGAAUGAUGAUGACGGUAAAAGUAAAGAUGCUCAUAAGUUUGACAAGAAAAGAGAGCCUCCUCAACCCCAAAGAAAUGAGAGGUCUCUUCCAUAUUCAAGGCGUAGAUCUCCGAUCCCGAACCGAAGACAACCAUCGCCUAGACGAAGAUCUAGGUCUCCAAGACGUAGAUCCUCAUCUCCGAGGCGCAGAUCUCCAUCUCCGAGGCGGCGCAGAUCUCCAUCUCCGAGGCGCAGAUCUCCAUUUCCGAGGCGCAGAUCUCCAUCUCCAAGAAGGGACCAAAGGAACGUACCUGUUCAAAAACAUGUUGAUAAGAAAACUGAACAGGAACAAGAACAAAUCAGGAAAAUUGAGGAAUACAGAAAACUUGCCAGGGCCAUAGAAAAUGAUUUGCAGAAGACAUUGAAACAGCAUGAGAAGAAUCCAGAAAAACAUCCUCAGUAUAAUGAGGAGUGGAAGAAAUUCUGGAACAGAAGAUACAAAGAAUUGAAAGCUGAAGGAGUUGACGUAGCUAAACACGAUUUCAAACCAGAAUGGAUUGAAUUUUGGAACAAGAGAAUGGUUGAGUUACAUAGUGACGAAGUGAGAAAUAGAAAAGAUGCUUUGAGAAGGAGGUUAGCACUCCCUGAAGAAAUCAAUCCGAUCAAAUUCACGAUCGGUGCUCCAGCACAACUAGCAAAGACGAGUCCCAAGCGUCUCCCUAUGGCCGCACAACCCGAUCAAGACGAUGAAGUUAUUUUGAUAGAUGACAAAGAUGAUGACGUUCCAUCCUUGAAACGAUCCCGCAGUCCUUGGGAAGAGGACAUGGCGGCAAAAAGUAAAUCAUCAGAAAAACGACGAUCUUUGAGUCCUAGAACCAAAAGGUCGAGAGAUAAAAGUCCUGCUAGACGUUCUAGAUCUCGAGAUAGGUACAGUGACGUACAUUCCAGGUCUAGAUCGAGAGACCGCAGCACGUCAGUUCGUUCAAGAGAUGUUCCCCGGUCCAAGGAAUUUGAUCGAGAAAGGAAUUCGUCGAGGUCGAAAGAAUUCGAGAGGGGGAGGGAUUACAAAGGCUCCAAAGAUGCUCCAAAGAGGUCACGUUCUAGAGAGCGGUCUUGGGAGAGAAAAGAUUCGGAAAGGAAAAGAAUGCCUUAUAGAGAGAGUUCGUUCGAGAGGGAUCUCAGGGCGAAAGAGAGAGUUAGAACCGUCGCAGACCUUCCUUGGGAGAGAGAGAAAGCUUACAGAGUACCAAUACCAAUGGAGGAAUUCUACAAACCGCCUCCAAUUAUGCGUGAUGCAACUCGAAAGCCUGUAAUCAUUCAAGAAGUACCUCGAAAUCCUGUUAUACCAAAAGAAGGGUCCAUGUUUCUACCAGAAGAGGAAGACGAUGACGGUGAAGUCAACGUUGUUGACGUUCUUCGAAUAUUGACUGCUCUGGAAGAACGCUUGGGAUCGCUUGGUCCUAAAGUGAUAGAUUUGCUUGCACAGGCACUCGCUCUAGAGAAAAAAGAAGCCAACAGUUCGGAAGCACUAUUAGACAACGAUAUAAACUGCGUUCUGUUCGAGACGGUCAAGGAAAAACUGAAGGGCCAGAUGCUCGCAGGGCUGGUCGAUUUGAUACAGGAAAGAGCUUUCAAGAAAGCCAUCAAGAAGAUUGCUGGUUUGAUUCAUUUAGCGGGGCAGAGGAAACGUCAGAGGGAGAAGUUGUUGCCGAAAGUAACGCCAGUUUCUGUUCCCGGCAUUGGUACUGUCGAUAAAGCAGCAAUAGCUAAACAAAUAGCCAACGCACUUGUUGCACAAGGAAAGACUGACGUUACACAAGCAGAGUUGGAGCAACUUAUUAAUGCUGUGGUUGGUAUGGCAGAGGCAUCUAAAAAUUCCAAUAAACCUGUCACGACAGCAAACUUUUUGCAGCAACUAGCCGGAGGGAAUUUGUUACCUUCCCCCACCAAAACCGAUCCAGUGUCCCAAGAGAAAACAGUUAUCCCAAGUUCAGCAAAGAAAGAGGAGUCUGUUAGUCUCGAAAAACUCACUGAACCUUUGACUCCUAGUUCUGGAAAAAAUUCUGUGAGCAACAUGGAGAAUUUAUCUGAUUCAGACUUGCAGACCCUCUUGCAGAAUUUCAAAGACCUCUGUACAGACGAACAGCACAAUCUUAUAAAUUAUUUGAAGAAGUUGGAGUUACAAGAACCAGAGAGGGUAGAAAGGUUGAGGAAGUUUGUAAAUCUCGAUCCCACUGGUAAAGGUAAAGACGAAGAAUCGACGCACAAGGGUAAAAAGAACAGAGAAAGUCCAUUCUCGAAUAGAUUAGGAAGUUUGAACCCCACUCAGGAUGAUUUGGUCAAAAUAGAAUCUGACGAGGAAGAUAUGAAAUUUGACGAUGAAGAAAAAGAUGAGAAAGAACCGGCAGAAGCAGAAAAGAAGUCUGAGAAAACCACCGAAAAAGUACAUGAAGAUUCCGAGGAGGAAGACUACACAUUCGAAGACGUUGUGAAAACUGUUUCGAAGAAUGUUAAAGAUAAUGAAAUGGCACACAGUAAAAAGAUUGUUGAGGAAAGUAUGAAGUUUGAGAACUCCAAAGCGAAGCCUGAAUUGAGUAGCGCUAAAGACCUCAUUUCUAAUCUGAUGGGUAGCAUCAGCAAGACCACUGCCAAUUCUGGAAAUAUAGAUUUGUUGGGUCUGGGUGUUGGCCAACCCAGUCAAAAUCCAUCAGUCAACGCUCCCAGCACAAUGGCUAGUUCUAUAGAUUUCUCUGCAUUUAGUAGUAUUAAUGUCGCAAGUUUAACCAGCAUUGUGAAUAAUGUGAAGAGCAUGACUUCUACAAAUAGUGGAAAUAAACCUCUUGACUUUGAAGCUUCACCAACGGCAAGAACUGCGGGAAAAUUGUACUUCAAUCCGGGAAAUUUGGAUAAACCGUCAGUGUCGAAUAUAGAUCUUUCAGGAUCAAGGACAGAACUAGGUUUGGGACCCAGAGGGGAUCAAGGACGAAAUUUCUCAGCUGCAAACAGAGGUUUCGAAGAACCACUAGGACUAGAUAGAGGCACUGGAAGGCCAGGUUUUGAAGGACCUGGUAGAGGCUUUGAACGGGACCGUGGAGGACCUGACAGGGGCUAUGAGAGGGAUUUCCGAGGUCCAGACAGACCAUUCGAUAGAGACUUGGGAGGGCCAGUCAGAGAUUUUGACAGGGGCCUGAUGGGACAAGACAGGGGCCCGAUGGCACAAGACAGGGGCCCGAUGGGACAAGACAGGGGCCCGAUGGGACAAGACAGGGGUCCGAUGGGACAAGACUGGGACCCGAUGGGACAAGACAGGGGCCCGAUGGGACAAGACAGAGGCUUCAAUAGAGGUCCUGAUCGGGAUUAUGAUAGAACUUUCAGAGGACCUAUGGAGAUGGAUAGAACAUUUGACAGACCUAUGGUUGGAGCUGACAGAAGAAUGGUUCCAGAAGAAAGAAAUUUCGGGGGACCUGACAGAGGGUUUGGUGUGGGCUCAGGACCUGAUAGACCACUAGGCGGAGUUGGUAGAGGAUUUGAUAGAGAGGCAAUGGGACCAGACAGAGGUUUUGGUGGUUCUGACAAUUACUUCAACGGGCGAGAUAGAGGGUUUGAUGGGGGCUAUAAAGGACCUGAACGACCGUUUGGAGGUCCUGGUGGUUCAGUAGGUGGUAAUCGAGAUUCGUUAGGACCAAGGGGUGGUCCUUCUUUCGCAUCAAGAGAUAACAUGCCAUUUGGUGAUCAACCAUCACAGCGGUUAUUACCAAGGCCUGGUGGUGGUAAUCCUAGGUUUGGUGGCCCCGGUCCCGACUAUGGUAGAGGUAAUAAUUUUAAUAGAUGGUAAAUACUAUUAAUUCAGAUAUGUUUUAUAGGAUUAAGAUAUGUGUACAAUUCAAUAGAUAAUAAAAAUUUGUGCUACUCGGA